CGGAGGAGCGCGCGCAAAGAGGUGUUCACGCAAAGAGGCAGCGGGUUGUAGCAUUGUAGAUUUGGACUGACAGCAUGUCAGCGUUUGCAGUUUGACAGUUCAGGAAAGUGUUCAGGAAAAUUCAUUUUUGGCGCAUUUUUGGUUAUUUUUUUUAAAUUUGGUGUCAGAAGGAUACAGGCAUUAUUGGUGACAAAAUGGACGAAUAGGGAAAAAAAUAAUGCUUACAAAUUAAUCCUACAUGCAAGGCUUUUGUAGACUAUUUGGACAAUCUCAUUUCAUCUCAUCUCAUCUUAUCUUAUCUCAUCUUAUCUCGGGAUGCUUUGGCUGCGAAUUUUGCAAGAAAACGCAUUUGGGAUGUUAAGUCGGAUUUGAUGAAUAACUCUUCUCAAGGACUUCUCAUCUACUUGGACUGAAGAACCUUCUGCUUCCACACUUUUUUUUCUUGUAGCACAUCAGCUCUCUGCGUGUUUGUGGACUCUCGGGUGUAAACAUGCUCCAGUGCGCCGGGUGCGAGCGGCCCAUCCUGGACAGGUUCCUCCUGAACGUGCUGGACCGCGCGUGGCACGCCAAGUGCGUCCAGUGCUGCGACUGCAAGUGCAACUUAACGGAGAAAUGCUUCUCCAGAGAGGGCAGGCUUUACUGCAAAACGGACUUUUUUAGACGAUAUGGCACAAAGUGUGGAGGCUGCUCUCAGGUCAUCUCCCCUACUGACCUCGUCCGGAAGGCCAGAAGCAAAGUGUUUCACCUCAACUGCUUCACGUGCAUCAUAUGCAACAAGCAACUGUCCACCGGUGAAGAGCUCUACAUCCUGGAUGAGUCAAAAUUCGUUUGCAAAGAGGAUUACCUGAGCAACAGCAACGGCAAGGACGCAAACCUGCUCUCCAUAACGACGUGCAGUGAGCCGAGCCUGUCUCCGGACUCUCAGGACCCGCAGGAUGAUGGGAAAGACUCGGAGGCGGGUCACCUCUCGGAUAAAGACACGUGCAGUAACGAGAACGACGAGCAGAGCGCGGGGGCGAAGCGACGCGGCCCGCGCACCACCAUCAAAGCCAAACAGCUCGAGACGCUCAAAGCGGCGUUCGCGGCCACGCCCAAGCCCACGCGCCACAUCCGGGAACAGCUCGCGCAGGAGACCGGCCUCAACAUGCGGGUCAUUCAGGUAUGGUUCCAGAACCGGCGCUCGAAGGAAAGACGUAUGAAGCAGCUGAGUGCACUGGGGGCGAGACGUCACGUGCUGUUCCGCAGCGCGAGGAGAAUGAGGGCGCUGGGGGAGCGAGUGGAGCCUGCCGAGCUCAUGAUGCCCAAUGGCCACUUCUCUUAUUACGGAGAUUAUCAAGGUGAAUACUACGGACCAGGAGGCAACUACGACUACUUCCCCCAUGGCCCUCCGUCCUCACAGGCCCAAACUCCCAGCGAUCUGGGCUACGUUCCUUCCUCAGGCCCGGCUGGCACUCCACUGGGCACCAUGGACCAUCACCAUUCUGGCCAUCACCCCUCCGGAGAGAGCCAGUGUUUUGGCGAGAUGGUACCACAGCAUCCGGGCGACUCCCCCAGCCCAGAGCACAGCAUCUCGGCGGACAUGAGUGGUGCGUUCACCACGAUCAGCUCGCUCGGUGCUAACGGAUACAGCAGUCAGCUCUCUCAGCCUUCGUCAGAAAUGAGCGAAGGAACCGUGUGGUAGCUGUGAGCGUUCGGGCCGAGAGACGUGGCCAAACGGACUCAGGUUUAAUACAGCCUGUAAAAAAACGGACCUGACCUUAACAUGGACAUUUUGAUUGAUCUGUUAUGUUAUGUAUUUAUCUAUUUAUUUAAUCUAUUUAUCUAUUUAUGGCCGCUGUAUGACUUUAAUUGGUUUGUUUACAUUUCUAUUUAUUCCUUUGGCAGACAAUUUUAUACAAAGCGCUUUUAUUACGAAUGAAGCAGAAACCAGUGUCCAGUGUCGGUCAUUGGAUUUGAACCACUGAACUGCUGAGUACCCCUAGUUGACUGCAUAAUAACAGUAAAUGCUAACAAUGGUUCUGUCAGUCUUGACAGCAGCACUAUUAUUUAUCCUGCCAAGAAUUUUAUUUAUUUAUUUAUUUAUUUCCAUGAAUACAAAGGAGCCACGGUAUCUACCGCUUUAAAUUGUAUAUUGCUAAUAAAUAGUUUAUUAUUGAUAAAAAAAAAAUCUGCUGAUUUUAGCAUAUAAUAGAUGGUGUGCAUUUGCAAAACAUGUCUGGACAUGUUCUUUUUGUUCACUUCAUUCUGUAUCACUUGUUUAUGUUAUAUUGUAUUAGAAUUGGAAAUCUCAUUUCGUUUGAGUUGGCAUGUAAACAAAACCCAUGUGUGCAGUUGCUUUUUCUUAGGAGCUCUACCAAAUCUCAUACCUUUGAAAAGGUAACUUUAAAACCAUCCUCAAGCCCUUUAUUUGAAAUUAAAUCUAACUUCAACUCUAAAGACAAAGUCGGGUUUCUUGAGUUCACUUGUGAGCUGUGAUGAAUAAAGAUCGGAUAUUUCCAUCAGGGGUUUAUAUACAUCCCUCCUGAGAAUACCAGCUUGGUCUGACCAGCUAGCAGGUGCUGGUCCAAACUUGGGAGAAAGGACAGAGUUUCUGAAUUACUAAUGCCACAUUGUAGACAAGUUAUUUUCAUUAGAAAAGCUUAAACAUGUAUUGAUCAAUUUACUCAAAUAAUUAGGAGUAGAAAAUAGUUUACCAAGAUGGUCUACCAGUUUGACCAGCUUGGCCUGUGUUUUGGCAACUGGUAGCUGGUAAGUCCAGGCUGGGUUUUACAGCUGGGACAUAAAGAAAUUCUGUAAAAUAAAGAUGCCUUUAAUAAUAAUGAAAAAAAAAAUCAUUUCUACAUAAAAGAGAUAACUACAAAGAGCAGCAAACAGUAAUUAACUCCACCAAGUAAGCAUGCGUUCUUUUCUACUUAUAUGAAGUAAUGCAGAAUACGGAAAGAAAAAAAAAACAUGUAACACAAAAUUAGUCAAUUAGGACAUUUGGCUGGUCUCCACAAGGCCAAAUCUGCUUUUCUACAAAAACUCUAACUUAUGUUUUAAAAACACUAAAAGAGCCAAAAGGUUUCCUUUUGGUUAUUGCGGAUAAGAUUAGGGUUAGAUUUAGGUGUAGGUAUAGUCAACAUAGUGUGUGUGUGUGUGUGUG